CUGAAAGAAAAGGUGACUCACUUCAUCCCGUCUUUUUGGUACUUUUACAUCUGGAGAUCUUCGUAUUUCUCUAAGCUCUUCUAUCUUAUCAUCUAGUUCCUGACGUGUUUUCCUCCUUCAACUCAGCAGCAUGAGUGUGGAUUCGGCUUCUCCCCAAAGCCUGCCCUGCCCUGAAGCAUCCAAUUCUAGGGAACCUUCACCAGUGCCUGAGGUUUAUGAGCCUGACGAAAACUAUGCAUCCUUGCCAAUGUCAUCUACUGAGACACUCCAUACAGAGACUGUCUCUCCUCUUCCUUCCUCCAUGGACCUGCUUAUUCAGAACAGCCCUGACUCUUCCACCAGUCCCAACAUAACACUGCCCACUUCUAUAGAGGACAGUGUAGCAAAGGAGGAAAAGGGCCAAGUCAAGAAACAGAAGGUCAGAACCGUCUUCUCACAGGCCCAGCUCUGUGUACUCAAUGAGAGAUUUCAGAGACAGAAGUAUCUCAGCCUCCAGCAGAUGCAGGAACUUUCCAACGUCCUGAACCUUAGCUACAAACAGAUUAAGACCUGGUUCCAGAACCAGAGAAUGAAAUGUAAGAGGUGGCAGAAGUACAACUGGCCAAAGAAUAGCAACCGUUUAACUCAGAUGAGCUCAGCAACUACAGAGUACCUGGGCUUCUCUUCCUAUCAUCACCAGGGAUGUUUGGUGAAUGCUUCUGGAAACCUUUCAGUGUGGAGCAACCAGACCUGCAGUAACCUCUCUUGCAGCAACCAUUCCUGGAACAGCCCAUCUUGGAACUACCAUUCCUGGAAUAGUCAGACCUGGUGCCCCCAGGCCUGGAACAACCAGGCCUGGACCAAUCAGUUCUAUAGUUAUGGAGAGGAAUCCCUGCAGCCCCAGAUUCAGUUCCAGCAAACUCCCAUCAGUGAUUUAGAGGUCACCUUGGAAACUGCUGGGGAAAGCUAUGAUGCAAUACUGCAAACCCCUAUGUAUUAUACCACCCAGCAAACCAUGGAUUUAUUCCCAGAUUACUCCAUGAAUAUGCAGCCCGACUCCACAAACAUCUAGUCCUGAACAUUCAGUGUGACAACAGGUGUAUUCAAUCUCAAUUUGGCAGUGGUUAUCUCUCUCCUAGGAUUUUUCAGUGUGUCCCUGCCUUGAUAUGCUGCUUUUCAUUAUGCCAAUUUGGAGUGGUGGGGGUGAGGUAUGCAGAGUCUAAUCAGAGAUUUCUGUAGCCUUGCAGCUAGAGACAUAUAAGAUGUCUCUGGCUAUAGAUAAUUAAAUAUAAUACUAUUUUGAAUUACUCCAGGGUGUAGAAUCUCAAACUCAAGAAUAGAAAGUAAAAGUACAAAGAUGUGUGAUAAAAGAUUAUUUGUGUUUUCUGGGAUUGGGAGGCCUGUUAAAAACCUCAGUUCAGGUGAAUGGUUAAGCUACAAUAUACUUAACUGAUUUCCUCUGCCCCUUUUGCUGUUUUACUACAAACCCCAAUUUAUUACUCAAGUAUUUGUGAUAGAUGUUUUGUAUUUUGCUGUAUCAUCAUAUUACCAGUUUGGCUGGUUGGUUUAUAAGUUUAAAUACAAAUAAA